AGGGAGGAACCGCCUAUUGCCGUAGGAGUCCGUACCCUCGCAGAGGGUCAAAGUCUGCAGGAAACCGACGACAGACCGCACUCAGAGUUUAGUUGACGCGUUUCCACUUCGGCAGGAGGUUUAUUAAGUUUUGGUUUGUCAAGCAGAUGGCUCCGCCGCUGAAAUGCUGCCUUUUUAUUCUGCUGACGUUCCUCCUAACGCUUGUUCCUGUGAGGGCAGGAGGAACUGGCCCACGGUUACAGAGACAAAAGAGAGAAUGGAUCACAGCUCCCAGAAAGCUGAAGGAGAACCACGAUUACACCGGCUUGCAGAGUAUUGCCAGAAUUCGCUCUGAUAAGGAGAACCGUACAAAUAUAUUUUAUUCUCUGAAGGGGCCUGGUGCUGACGAGCCCCCUGCCAACGUAUUUCGUGUCGACCCAAAAACCGGCUAUGUGAAAAUCUUCUCCAUUCUAGACCGAGAGAAGAUCCCCGUGUACUACCUAAAAGGUGUGGCAUCAUUUGCCGACGGGACCAAGGCUGAAAGGGAUAUUGACCUCAGAAUUGUUGUUCUGGAUGAGAACGACUGCUCGCCGGUCAUCAAAAUGCAGCAAGUCGGAAAUGUCAGUGAAUCAAGUGCCGCAGGUACUGUUGUGAUGAAGGUGAUAGCCACUGAUGAUGAUGAAGAGAACACGCUCCACUCCAUGAUCUCCUACUCCAUCGUGGAGCAGAGUAACGCUGGGAUGUUCUUCAUCAACUCUCAGACCGGGGAGGUCCUUGUUCGACAGAACACUCUAGAUAGGGAGACAAAAGAUACAUAUAAGCUGACUAUAACAGCCUCAGACAUGAAUGGACAGCCGGGAGGAAUGACAGGAACCGGUGAGAUCGAGAUCAAAAUUCUGGACAUAAACGACAACAUUCCGACGCUGGAAAAAGAGUCGUAUGAAGGGAGCGUGGAGGAGAACACCAUCAAUGUGGAAGUAAUGAGGAUCAAAGCCAUUGACAUGGAUCUGAUGUACUCUGACAACUGGCUGGCUGUUUUUGAGAUAACUUCAGGGAAUGAGGGUGGCUAUUUCAGCAUCACUACUGAUUCAAAGACCAAUGAGGGCAUCAUCAUGAUUCACAGGGCCUUGGACUUUGAGGAAAUCAAGAUGCUCAACUUGGAAGUGGCUGUUUCCAACAAAGCAAAGUACAAUUUUGGCAGUAUGUCCACGCCUGGGACCCAAAAAUCCUACCCCGUUAAGAUCAAUGUGGUCAACCAGAAGGAAGGCCCCCGCUUCCAGCCGAGUGUCAAAGUGGUGACUCUCUCUGAGGACCAGUCUUCCAUUUCCUUCAACAAAGUCAUCACCACCUACGCUGCAAUUGACAGCGACACACUAAAGACGGCCACCAACGUAAGGUAUGCCAAAAUCCAAGAUAAUGACAACUGGUUGACCAUUGAUACAAAGACAGCAGAUAUCAGGCUGAAUAAACUGCCGGACAGAGAAUCCAAGUUCUUGGUCAAUGGAACGUAUUAUGCCAAAAUUAUAUGCAUCAGCAACGACAUUCCCUCAAAAACUGCCACAGGGACCAUAGCCAUUCAGGUGGAGGACUUCAAUGAUCACUGUCCCGUACUGACCACCAAAACUCACACCAUGUGCCUCGAGGAUAGUGUCAUCUACGUCACAGCCGUAGACCAAGAUGAGUUCCCCAAUUCAGCACCGUUUGAGUUCAGUGUGAUUCAGGAGAGCGGCAAGGGGAAAUGGACAGUGGAACCACUUAAUGACACCACAGCCAUUCUGCGGGACCAAGCCAACCUGUGGCCAGGCACGUACAAGGUGGCAGUGGAAGUCAAAGACCAGCAGGGAAAGUCAUGUGCUGAUAUUCAGACGAUGGACGUGAUUGUGUGCACUUGCCAUGAAAACAUUAAAAGCUGUGUGUCGCGCAGUACAAAGACCACUGGCCUCGGAGCGUCAGGUAUCCUGCUGCUACUCCUUGGACUGCUGCUUCUGCUGCUGGUUCCCCUUCUGCUGCUGUUCUGCCUGUGUGGAGAUGCAACAGCUGUUGGAGAUUUCAAGGCCAUACCAUAUGAUACCAAACAACAGCUGAUCUCAUAUCACACUGAGGGACAGGGAGAAGACAAGGAAGUUCCUCUUCUGCACAUCCCAGUAGAAGCUGAUGGUGGCACAGUCAAUGCCAAGGAUGUCAACAACUUGGCAGGAAAGGGGUACCUUGAUGGACUGGCUGAAGUAGGAGGGCCAGCAGGUGCAGGGGCAACCUUAGGUGGUGGCUGGACAGUCGAAAACACGCACCUGUCCAACCAGUAUAACCAUACCAGUGUGUAUGGGCAGAUGGACAUGGACUACACAGGUGCCGGGAUGAUGACAGGACAAGAACAUCUUUACUCUCGAUACAGGGCUGGGGCCUUUGAUGGGAUGGCGCUGUCUGACCAGUUCCUGGACGAGUAUUAUUCGAGUAAAUCCAACCAUGCUGCACAGCAAUACCAGGAGAAGGACCUUGCGCUGGUCUAUGACUAUGAGGGUCAGGAAUCCCUGGCAGGUUCUGUAGGUUGCUGCAGCCUUCUUGAGAAUGAUGAUGACCUUGCGUUCCUCAAUGACCUUGGGCCUAAAUUCAAAACUCUGGCUGAAAUCUGUCAAGGGUCAACCUUGGUGACCAAGACUUUGGAUGCAAGGGUUUCUGUCUCUCCACCCAGACCAGUGUCUCCUGUCAAGCCCUCCACCUCCACCCACUCACAUUUCCAUACACAUAGGGAAACAAUCAGGGACAGGGACUACAGAGACAUCAGCACCCUCAACGCCUCCAAUGUAGCAUCUUCCACCAUUGUCCAGGAGGAGCGAAUCACCGAGCGAGCCCAGGGUUCAGCCCCCGUUCCCAAGGUACAGGACAAGAUUGCAAUUCCCAGUCAGACGCUGCUCAUACAGCAGCCCACCAUGUACUAUGCUGCCACGCCCAUGUACGUAGUUGAGCCAAAGCCCCAAGUGGUGCUUGUGGCAGGGGGCACCCAGCAGGCAGUGGGUCAAGUAGGCCAAAUUGGGCUUAGCCAGGGUCUGGUGCAGGUUGGUGGCCUCCAAGGUUCUCAGGGUGUGGUCCUUGUAGAUCGGCAAGUAGGAAUGGGUGGGGUGACAGGGCAGAUAGCACAAGGCCUCUCACACGGAACAUACUCCAGGACCAGACAAGUGUUGGUGGAGAAUGGGUCAUCAGGUGGAGAGCAAGUUGCACACUUAGUGCAGGGCUCUGUUAAGACAGGACAUGCUUCUACAGAGCAGGGUUUGGAGGUAAGAGGUCAAGGUAUGCAGGGGAAAACCUUUUCACGUGGUUCUGCAGGGUCAAAUGAGAACUUUGGCCUGACAACCACACCCAGGUUGCAAGGAAGCCAGAGAGUGAUUGUGCAGCAUAAGAAGGUCUCAGUGACAGAGAGGAAUGUUGACUCUAUUACUAAAGCGUAAAGCAACCGUUUUGUUCUUUGUAUAUACCAAAACAUAUUUUGGUAUUGCUGAAAUGUACUGCAGUAAAUGAGUACAUGCUGUAUGUGUUCAUAUCAGAUAGAUUGUGAUAAAUUGUGGUAAAACUGGUAAGAGGAUAGUUAAGCCUAAGUUAGAUAAGCCUGCUUGACCAAAAGUGCAAUACUGUAUGCCUUUGUCUAAUGAUAACACUACUGCUUUUAGUAGCUAAAACGUAUUGACUACAUGACUUCCAUGGCCAUGAAAGGGAUUGGAUUUCCACCCAUUAGUAGAAAGCGUAUACUUUACAGUAUUAGUGUAAAGUAUAGAAUUGGGACAAAGCAACUUCUUCUGUCAUUGCAUACCAGCAGAGGAAAAACUUGAAGUGUGCUUUCCCUCCUCCUCCAGUUCCAAGAUUGACCUGUUAGGCACCAAAUGACAGCCCUAAAAGCACUGUGUUUACUUCAGGUACACAACUAGCACGGCUUCAGGGCGCUAAGAGCCAAAGUAAGCAUAACAGAACUGAACCACCUCUGACCUCAUCUCAUCGAAACAAAGACAAACUGGAAAAAGCAGAAUACAAAGAAAAAUGUUCACGCCCCUACAUUUCCAAAAGCAGCUAUAAGUAAGCCUCAGCUUGAUUAUUUACAAUAUGUUGAUCCGGGUCUAUAUCAGAUCAAGGACAGGGAAACUACUGCACUGGUUGCAGCUGGCCUUAUAUCAGUGGAGGCUGCAAUUGAGAACCGAUCACAAGCAAUGACUCACCCGCACAAUCAAACUUGCAGUCUGAUCAUAGCUUCCUGAAUGCAGCUCAAACAAAUCCACACACCAAUAAGAAAAAGAGAAGAGAGAAAAAAGAAACAUAUAAUUCACCAGCACAAGAACAACAACAAAAAGAUUAUAGGUUGGAACACGAGACAGCUAGUGGGAACAUGAGAGCAGUCUUUAAGCCAGUGGUGAAAGCAAUGUGCUUCUAAAAUCUCACAAGGUUAUUAUGAUGCACCUGGCAAAAGGUCAUAACAUUGGUACUGAUCAAUACUCUCAUUAAACCUGCAUAGUUAUACUAUUACAAAUCAAUAUUUCAGUUAGAACAACACAAAACAUGCCUGUAUAGGAUCCUUUUCAAAUUUGUUCAUGAAUUUAUGUGAGUUUGUAGAAUUCUAAUCUUUAGUCACUCGCCAAAAGUCCUGUUAAAAUGUAAAAUAAUACAUUUAUAGGGUAAAUAUAAUUACAGCUUAAGCCAUUAGUCUUGAGAGCAGAGGUAAAGCAAAGUUUCUGUAGCUACUAUAACGCUGUUUUAAUCCGUAUAAACUUUGAACAUUAGAAUAUUUUUUGAGUGGAGCGUGAUCCUAAAGAUGCUUGGUUUGCAUUUUGGAAUAUUUUAUCCAUGCCAUAAACUGUUGUGCUGACCUUUAGAUUUUUUUUUUACUUAGUUAAACUGUAACUAAUCUGGCGCUGUUAUAUGGGUGGCCACUGCUUCCCUGGAAACUGCGCAGAACAUAGAUAAACACUGUUUGUACUGUAAACCUGAGGAAAGCACCCUCUGCAAAACAACCAACACCGGAGCGCCUGAAUGAUUUAGUGCACCAAGAAGGGAUUAGAUCCUUUUAUCAGCAGACAUCAAAGUCUUUACAGACCAUAAACCGCAGAAUAGAGUACUACGUAAAUUCUCUGUUUUAUUGUUGCACUCAUUUUAUUGUUUCUACAGAAUAUGUGUGGGUCUCUAAAUUGUACAUGAACAAUAAGCCAAGUGUUAACUCCAAGAGAUCUAAGUGCCGAAGUUGUAAAAAUUGUGUACAAUAGGAUGAUGGUUCUAUUUUUACAAAUGUAUAUUGCGCCAUAAUUAACAGAUAGACUUUUAUUAUGUGGUUUUUUUAUUGUGUGUUUGUGUGUGGGUGGGAAAGUAACAUGAUUUUAGUGCAUGGAUAGGCAGAGAAAUCAAGGGUGAGGUUGCCGAGCACUGAAAACAUUUGGUGGAAUGACACUGUUUGAUAUUGCUGUUCUUGACACUGAUGUAUUUUCAUCUCCAGUUUCUAAUAUGCUGCGUUGCUUGUUGCUGUACGCUGUGCUGUAGCGUGUGUCGCUUUAGAACACUGCAGCAAUAAAAUAGCAGUAUUUUAAAUGAUGAGGAGGAUGUUUUCCUCAUAUUUUUUCAUUCUUUCAUAUUUUCAGUUUUGCACCUCCUGUGAUAAUAAAAUCAGAUAGAAAAUGAA